CCUUCUUGCCCUAACUUUUUGUUUUAAAAGCUGAUGCAAUGGGGUUCCACUGUUAUAGUAAAUGAUUUUACGGAGUUUUUCCAAUUACAAGUCUUCAGUUUUGCAGCUAACUCGAUCGUUAUCAUCAUUGACUAAAAAUCUAAUCGCCACAAAGCAUCUCAGGUCUGACGAUAUGGCAGAACAACAUCACUUUCCGAAAGAAGAGGAGAAGAUUCUCGAAUUGUGGAGUAAAUUAGAUGCUUUUAAAUCUUGUUUAAAACAGUCCGAAGGAAAGCCAAGGUAUACAUUUUAUGAUGGCCCACCAUUUGCAACUGGAUUGCCUCAUUAUGGCCAUAUAUUAGCUGGAACUAUUAAGGAUAUAGUUACUCGUUAUGCACAUCAGUCAGGGUAUCAUGUUGAACGUAGAUUUGGAUGGGAUUGUCAUGGACUUCCAGUGGAAUAUGAAAUUGACAAGAAACUUGGAAUUAAUGGUCCAGACGAUGUUCUUAAAAUGGGAAUUGAUAACUACAAUAAAGAGUGUCGCAGUAUUGUUAUGAGAUACUCUGGUGAAUGGGAGAAAAUUGUUUCAAGAUUGGGAAGGUGGAUUGAUUUUGAAAAUGAUUACAAAACAAUGUACCCCACAUUUAUGGAAUCUGUAUGGUGGGUUUUUAAACAACUUUACGACAAGGGCUUAGUGUAUCGAGGUUUUAAGGUGAUGCCAUAUUCCACAAAAUGCACAACUCCUCUGUCAAAUUUUGAAGCAAAUCAGAAUUAUAAAGACGUUGUUGAUCCAGCUGUUAUUAUAAAUUUUCCUCUUGAUGAUGAUCCUGAGGUCAGCAUGAUAGCUUGGACAACUACGCCAUGGACUUUGCCUAGUAACCUGGCCUUGGUUGUUCAUCCUGAUCUAACCUAUGUUAAAAUUAGAGAUAAUGAAACUAGUAAAGUAUAUAUUAUGAUGGAAGCAAGGAUCACUGCUCUUUUCAAAAAGCCAGAAGAUUUUACAAUUUUAGAAAGAUUUCCAGGCAAAACUCUAAAAGACAAGACUUAUAAACCCAUAUUUAGCUAUUUCGAGAAGUUAAAGAAAGAUGGUGCAUUUCGAGUGCUCUGUGACACGUUUGUCACAGAAGAUAGCGGCACAGGUGUUGUUCAUUCUGCCCCCGGAUUUGGAGAGGACGAUUUCCGAGUCUCGUUAGCGCAUGGUGUAAUCAAGAAAGGUGAUAAAGUACCAUGUCCUGUGGACAAUCAAGGACAGUUUACGGAGGAAGUCACUGAUUUUAAUGGUAUCCAUGUUAAGGAGGCAGAUAAAAAGAUAACAAAAUUAUUGAAAGAAAGAGGAAGAUUAGUCCAUCAAAGCACCAUAACACAUAGUUAUCCUUUUUGUUGGAGGUCAGAUACUCCUCUCAUUUAUAAAGCAGUUCCUGGUUGGUUUGUUAAAGUUGAGUCGUUCGUCGAUAAGUUGCUCGUCAAUAAUAAAAUUUCUUACUGGGUACCUGAAUUCGUUCAAGAAAAACGUUUUCAUAAUUGGUUAGAGAACGCUCAUGACUGGAAUAUCUCACGAAAUCGAUAUUGGGGAACACCGAUACCACUUUGGGUUAGCGAUGAUUAUGAAGAGGUUGUGUGCGUUGGAUCUAUUGAUGAAUUGGAGCAAUUGUCUGGUGUUCGAGCAACUGACCUCCACAGAGAAAAUACUGAUAAGAUAACAAUUCCUUCGAAAACUGGUCGAGGAACUUUAAAGAGAAUUAGCGAAGUUUUUGACUGUUGGUUUGAAAGUGGAAGCAUGCCGUACGCUCAAGAACACUAUCCCUUUGAAAACAAAGAAGGCUUUGAAAAUUGUUUUCCUGCUGAUUUUAUUGCUGAAGGCAUUGAUCAGACCCGAGGCUGGUUUUACACCUUGUUAGUCAUUUCUACGGCUCUUUUUAACAAACCACCUUUCAAGAAUUUGAUCGUGAAUGGCCUUGUUUUGGCAGCAGAUGGUUCAAAAAUGAGCAAACGAAAAAAAAAUUAUCCCGAUCCAAUGGAAGUCAUCAAUAAAUAUGGCUCUGAUGCUCUAAGGUUGUACCUGAUCAACUCACCUGUUGUCAGAGCAGAUACUCUGAAGUUUCAAGAAAAAGGUGUUAAAGAUAUAAUCAAAGAUGUAUUCUUACCGUGGUUGAAUGCUUACAGAUUUCUACUACAAAAUAUUCAACAAUAUGAAAAGGAUAAUGAAGUUAAAUUUAUGUACGAUGAAUCAAAAAUGACUGUUUUAAGUAACAUCAUGGAUAGAUGGAUACUUUCAUUUGUUCAGUCCCUGGUUGUGUUUUUCGAGCGGGAAAUGUCUGCUUAUCACUUGUAUACUGUUGUUCCUCGUUUGGUAACGUUCAUUGAUCAACUCACAAACUGGUAUGUCAGGUCAAAUAGGAAAAGACUCAAGGGUGAAUUUGGUAAAGAAGAUAGUUACAUGGCGAUGCAAACUUUAUUUAAUGUUAUUUAUACAAUGAAUAGAAUGAUGGCGCCAUUUACGCCUUUUCUAACGGAAUACAUGUUUCAACGAAUGAAAGAUUAUAUCCAGUUUGAGAAAUCUGAGGAAUAUACUGAUAGUGUACAUUACCUAAUGAUUCCUAAGCAGAGAAAAGACUUGAUUCAUGAAGAUAUUGAAAAUGCUGUCUCGCAUAUGCAGUCAGUCAUCGAACUUGGCAGAGUUGUGAGAGAUCGAAAGACUUUACCAAUCAAGUAUCCCCUACCAGAGGUAAUUGUUAUACAUCAAGAUAGUCAAUAUUUAGAAGAUGUAAAAUCUUUGGAAAAUUACAUCCUAGAGGAACUGAAUGUUAAGAAACUAACUGUGUCUUCAGAAAGAGACAAAUAUGGAAUACAUCUUAAAGCUGAACCAGAUAAUCAAACUCUUGGAAGAAGGUUAAAGGGAGCUUUUAAGCAGGUCUCGCAAGCUAUUAAAGAAUUAACUGAUAGUCAGUUGAAAGAAUAUAUCAAGAAUGGAAAAAUAGAUAUUUUGGGACAUGUCUUAUCAGGAACUGAUCUCAAGUUGAUAUACACCUUUGAUAAAAACAGCAGCAUGUCAUCGCAAUACGAAGCUCAUUCCGACAAUGAUGUUCUCAUUUUACUUGACGUCACUCCUGAUCAAACCAUGUUGGACGAAGGUGUCGCAAGGGAAGUGGUCAAUCGCAUUCAAAAAUUACGUAAGAAGGCGGGUUUGCAACCAACUGAUGACAUCACAGUGGCGUAUGACGUUGAGACAAUAAAAGACAACGAGAAAGCUUCCUAUUUACAAUCUGUUGUUCAGAAUUACCGAGAUUACAUUGCUGAUGCCACAAAACAACCAAUUUCUUCAUCUGAUUCUUGUCUUAAUCUUUCUUUAAUUAUUCAAGAAGUCAUGGAGUUGAAGGAAUGUCGAUUGAAAUUGUGGAUCUAUCGAGGACACGAAACAUCUGCUAACUCAGGACCAAGUCCAUUUUGUAACUUUGUCAAUGUCAAAUUAGGUUCUGGUGUUAAGCCAGGGACUGGAGUGACAGGGAGCAUGGGAACGAUCCUUUUAGAAAACCCUAAAGGAGAUUAUUUAUUAACUUACGACGAGUUUGUUAAGCAGGUAAAAGUAGUUUUUGGAUUGUACGGAGGGAACGUUCGACUUUCUCAUGACGUUGAAGGCAAAGACGAACUACGAUCAGUAACACCUUCCCAACUAGCUGGAUCAACGGUUUAUGUUUUUACCAAGUCACAAUAAUUAAAGCAUUCAGCAAUAUGUACGAAU